GAUAGCAGCGCCCAGAAAGAGCAGGGUGGUACUGUAGGAUAGUGCUGUAACACAACUGUAGUAGUAUAGUGCCUCGCCUGCAGACGCAUCCGUGCAGGGCUUGUGGAUGAGAUGCCCACCCGGAGAGAGAUGGUGUAAACAAACCCGCUUUGCCCCGUCACUGAGCUCCACCACGGAGGUUGCACGCCACCAUGUUGAGCCGUCUGUUCAGCGAGGUGCUGCCGGACGUCCAGAGGCUCGCGGCGGGUUGGGUGGACGACAGUGAGAGCGAGGACUGUAAGGCCAAGGAGGACGAUCACGAGCCCUGCCACCUCGGGGAGGACGAGCUGGAUGAUAAUGAGGCGCGUGAGGGCAGCAGUCGGGCUGAGUCCGAAAUGGCGGGCGACGACGAUGAAGAUGAGGAGGGCGAGGAAGAGGAGUGCGGGGAGGAGAACGGGGGGGACAAACCCAAGAAGCGCGGCCCAAAGAAACGCCAGAUGACGGCGGCGCGCCUGGAGCGCUCCAAACUGCGACGACAGAAGGCCAAUGCGCGGGAGCGCACGCGCAUGCACGACUUGAACUCUGCGCUGGACAACCUGCGCAAGGUGGUGCCAUGCUACUCCAAAACACAAAAACUCUCCAAAAUAGAGACUCUGAGACUAGCCAAGAAUUACAUCUGGGCCCUUGGGGAGAUUUUACGCAACGGGAAACGUCCGGACGUCGUGUCAUACGUGCAGACGUUGUGUAAAGGCCUGUCGCAGCCCACUACCAACCUGGUGGCAGGCUGUCUGCAGCUCAACACCAGGAACUUCCUGACUGAGCAGUGUCCGGAUGGAGCUCGCUUCCAUGUGCCCAGCUCUCCGUUCUCUGUUCAUCCCUACUCCUACCAGUGCUCUCGCCUCGCCAGCCCUCACUAUCAGCCCGGCUCCGGUGCGCUCAAUUUGAGGGGCCCCUCCUACGGCUCUGGGUACGAGGCUGUGUACCCACCAGGCGGGACGUCCCCUGACUACAGCAGCCCGGACUACGAGGGCCAGCACAGUCCACCUGUGUGCCUCAACGGCGGCCUGUCCGGGAGGCAGCAGGAGUCCUCCGAGACAGACAGGAACUAUCACUACUCUAUGCAUUACUCCGGACUGACCACGUCCCGACCUACCCACGGCCUACCUUUUGGUCCCUCGGGAGCGCGCAGCGGUGGUGCGCAUUCAGAAAACGUUCCACCGUUCCACGACGCGCACUUGCACCACGACAGAGCGCCCCCGUAUGAGGAUCUCAAUGCUUUUUUCCACAACUGAGCCCCUCAUAUGGUCCAACACGGCGUACAGACCCUAUAAUGACAAUCCAAUUGUAAUAUUACACUAUGGGUUAGGGAAAUAUUGGGAGUUUAUGAAAAGAUGCUGGAAAUGACAAAAGAGUCCUCCGAUACCCUCUGUAUUACUGAUGUCAUCCCUAUAAUAUUGUACAUUCUAUCAAAGUGUGUCCCAAUUCAGUAUCUCCCAUCAUAUCCUGUAUGCAGAAUACGAGUGCAAUUGACAUAAACGAUGUAUAGGCAUACAUGAAACGUGUUAUGAAACAAACAGCAAAAAUAAAAACGUAUUUUAUAAUUGUC